GGUCCUGGGGACGUAAGGGCCGUUGGAGGCCCAGAGGGAUCUCGGGGACGGCUGGUCCCCGGGGCGUCAGGCCCGCAGGUGGCCCGGAGGGUCUCGGGGACAUCAGGACCACAGGAGGCGCGGAGAGGGGCGGUCCUGGAGACGUCAGGGCCGCCGGAGACCCGGAGGGGGCGGUCCCGGGGACGUCUGGGCAGCUGAGGCCUGGGAGGUCUUGGGGACAUCAGGGCUGCAGGGAAGCCGGAGAGGGGCCGUCCCAGAGACCUCAGGGCUGCCGGAGGCCGGGAGGGAUCUCGAGGAUCUCCAGGACACUGGAGGCCCGGAGGUGGGCCUGAACGUCCGACACCGGCGGCUUCUGAAUGUUUGCCGCGAAAGGACCGGGUGGUCGCGAUCUGAAACUGGAGUUGCUAAUCCCUCGAAGCGUGUGAAUCGAGUUGGUGGCAUGCUCUACUUGACCUUUCUUGAAUGAGAGAGCCUAACAAGGAGUUGUAGCUUCUUGGCAUCAGUGGGGAGGCGAGAGGAACAAUAAUAACCAACUCCCCUAAUACUAGUCUCGCACGUAAAUGUCAAGUAACUUGGAAGGAAAACCAAAGAGAUUUAGUGCUACUUCAUCAUACGGAGAAAAAGGAAGAAAGAUGUACCUGUCGGGGAAGAACGAAAACUAGAAAGGGAUGGCCGGGCUGAUGUGGUUGCAAAUGAUGCAGGUGACAGAGUUACUCCAGCUGUAGUUGCUUACACAGAAAAUGAAGAGGUUGUUGGAUUGGCAGCAAAACAAAGUAGAAUAAGAAAUAUUUCAAAUACAGUAAUGAAAGUAAAGCAGAUCCUUGGCAGAAGCCAGAAAUGCGGUCCUUGGACCUGGCUUCUCAACAAUUAGCCCUGAGAGGGAAGAAUCGGCUGGCUCCUGGAAAUACACUGAGAGCACACAGAGCUUCCCCACACCUUCAGAUUUGCACCUUGCUGCCCAGGAGCUUCCCACAGCUAAUCUUCCUUCCCAGUCCACUAUGGCCAGUUCCAAUAGCAGUGCGGGCAUCCGGUGGUCCAGACAGGAGACACGAACGCUUCUCUCCAUACUAGGCGAGGCAGAGUAUAUUCAGCGCCUCCAGACUGUGCAUCAUAAUGCAGAUGUCUAUCAGGCUGUGUCUAAGCGAAUGCAGCAGGAAGGCUUCCGCCGCACCGAACGUCAGUGCCGCUCCAAGUUUAAAGUUCUGAAGGCGUUAUAUUUAAAGGCGUACGUUGCCCAUGCCACGAGUGUGGGGGAUCCGCCGCACUGUCCGUUUUAUGAUACAUUGGAUCAGCUUCUCCGAAAUCAGAUAGUGACUGACCCAGACAACUUAAUGGAGGACACUACUUGGGCCAAGCACUGUGAUCAGAACUUAGUGGCCUCUGACACCCCAGGGGAAGAGGGACCCAGCAUUCUCAGAGCAAAAAGGACUCAGGCAGCAGAUCAUCAGCCUAUCUUGAAAACAGUUAAGGAAUCAGAUGAGGAUUGUCAACUGAGAAUCAGUGACCAGAUGCGAGAAACCAGUGACCUUGAGGACUCCUGGGAUGAAUCCUCGGGUGCAGGGUGCUCUCAAGGGACCCCCAGCUACAGCAGCUCCCACCACCUUUUCAGAGGUGCGGUUGCUCCCUGUCAGAGCAGCCCCAUGACCCGCCUGGGUGUGUCCGGUGAGCCCAGUCCGUGUGCCAGCACCAGCCGAAACACUCCUGGGGUGGCCUCCGCACCGCGGCCUCCGGUCUCCUCCUCCACAGUUCCUUUUGUUUCUGGUGGGGAUAGGCCUUUGACCGGUGAGCCCCCUCCACGGUGGGCGAGGCGAAGAAGGCGGUCAGUGGCCAGGACUAUUGCGGCCGAGUUGGCAGAAAACAGGAGGUUGGCACGAGAACUUUCAAAGCGUGAGGAAGAAAAAUUGGACAGGCUGAUUGCUAUUGGUGAGGAGGCCAGUGCUCAGCAAGACACUGCCAACGAGCUCCGCAGGGAUGCCGUGAUCGCAGUCAGACGCUUGGCCACGGCGGUGGAAGAGGCCACCGGUGCUUUUCAGCUAGGGCUCGAAAAAUUGCUUCAGAGGUUAAUUUCGAAUACCAAAAGUUAAGAAUUGAUUACAAAGAGGCUGUUUCCUAAACUGGUAGAAGCCCAGUUCCAACACCUGCCUUUUGGUACCCUGGCUCCUUUUACACGUCCUUAGGAAUAAAGGAAAGAAAAAGCGGAUGAACCAUUAA